AUGGAAAACCUACCACUUUUACCAGGUUAUAGAUUUCAAGAUCCAAGCGUAAAUAUCUUUUUAAAGAUCAAAGAUUAUAGAUUAUUACAAAAAUUUCAUUUUUUAAAUGGUUAUCGUGUAGUACGUGAUAGAAAUGCUGGAAUUGGAGGAAGACCAAUAGAUGUUGCAUCUAGUGCAUAUGUAAAAGAAGAAGAUUCUGCACAUUAUGAUCCAUCAUUAACGUAUGGUCGUGUAAAACAAUAUGCAUAUGGACAAUUUAUUCCACAUUAUGUGCAUUUUGCACAAAAAUGUCUUUGCUUUAAAGCAUUUUUUCGCCAAGGCGUAUUUAACUCUCCAGACGAACAUUUCCGUAUACGUCAUGUUAAUAUAUUAUAUUACUUGGAAGAUGAUACUUUAUGUAUUAUUGAACCGACAGUUAAUAAUGCUGGCUUUCAUCAAGGAAAACUUAUUAGACGCAAUAAAAUUGUAAAAAAUAUAAAUGGCGAUACAUUUCAUUGGAAAGAUUUUAAUAUUGGAAUUGAUAUAUGUAUUUAUGGUGUAGUUUAUCACAUUACUGAUUGUGACUUAUUUACUAGAGAAUUUUUAAAUAGUCAAGGAAUAGACGUUGGAGAUAAAGAAGAAUCGCCUAUAGAUCCUUAUAUAGAAUUAAGAAAAAAUAAACAGAAAAUAUCAACAUGUAUUACAAAAAUUCCUGAUGAUGUUAGACGGCGAUUUUUAGAAUAUGAUAAAAUGGUAUUAUUGUUUGUUGCAACUUGGAAUAAUGAUGUUUAUCACAUUACAUAUUUCUUGACGGACGAUACGAUAGCUGUUCGUGAAAUACAGAAACCCAAUAGUGGAAAAGAUCCUGUACCAAUGUUAUUAAAAAGAAUGAAAGUACCAAAAGAUUGGAAAAAUUUACCAUUGUCGUAUCCAGCUAUAUAUAUGGAAUAUGGUGAUCCAGAGAUUACCGAAUACUAUACACCAAAAGAUUUUUUAAUAGGAAGUACGAUUUUUAUAUUUAAUCGACGAUUUCUUUUACACGAUUGUGAUUCUUUCACACGGAAAUAUUAUUCAGAUAUGUUAGGAAUAAUACAACCAGAAAAAAUUCCUCUUCCAACAGAAAAUGAUGUUACGAUCUUGCCGGAAUAUAAAUCACCACCGCACAUAAUUUUCGGUACACCUGAAGAUACUUACGCUUCUUGUUUAUCAUUUAUACCAGAACGACCUAAAAAAGAUGUUAUUCGACAACUUGUUAAUUUUCCUAAAAAACUACGUUAUUCUAUGCAAAUGGAUGUGAUACAUCCAGAAGACAAAAAUCGCGAUUUCAUUUUAGAAUAUAGUUUAAGUAAUGGUACAAUACUCAUACAAGAACUUGAAAAACGUAAUUCAGGACGUCGCGAAGGUUGUUUUCUCAGAGCUACAUUGGUUCCAAAACCGAAAACUGGAAGAGAUGAUCCAGAAUAUUAUACUCCUCAAGAUUUUUAUAUUGGUGCAAAAAUUAAUAUUUUUAAUCAUUAUUUUAUCAUAACUGGUACCGAUCUCUUUGUAUAUCGUUAUAUUGAAACAAAUCCUGAAAAAUUUCCAUUAGAAGUACGAAAUAGCAUUCGUAAUUAUUUAGUCAAACAGAAUUUACUUUCUGAUGAUAUAAAAGUAGAGACUAAAAAAAUUCAAGAUAAGGAGGAUAUAAAACUACAGUCAAUAAAACCAGCUGAAGUUAGUAUUAAAAGAGAUAUUGAUAUGGAAGAAUGUGUAGAACAUUUUGAAGCUCAAACUAAGUGUAAAUAUGAAGGAGAACAUGGUGAAUUAAGACCACGUACACCACCACCAGAAGAACUCUGUCCAAAUUUAGCAACAAAACCUACACAAUUAUCUCAACAAUGUCCAAAUAUAUUUACCGAAAAUAAAAUAAAAAAGCGAAUAACAUGGGAUGAUGGGAUGGAACAAUAAUAUUAUUCCUGUCAAUAAUUACGUUCAACAUAAUACUUUUAACAAAUCUGCAUAUUUAAUUUAUCGCAAUUGAAUAUUUUUUUUAAUUCAAAUUUUUAUAUUAAUAAAACAAUACAAAAUAUAAU